AUGCCUUUGAACUUCCACAAGAACCAGAAACGCGGAGAAUUCCAUGACAGCAAAGCGCAAAGUACCGGACGAGUCAACGCCUUUGGCCAGGUCGCCAUACAAUUCCACAAGAACACGCAUGCGCUGAGACAUUGGAUCGAUAAGGCCCAGGAUGAGGCCGCAGCAUGCCGACCAGCGCGAUGCGCAAGACCGCGAAGAGGAAGCACAACCCUAGUGGAUGAGUUCAUCAAGGAACAAACCAGCAACACCAGUGCACCGCGAUUGAACAUUGCGAUACAUAUCUGUGGAUCUCGGGGCGACGUGCAGCCCUUCAUUCCGAUCGCGAAGCUGCUUCAGGCCGCUCCACACCACCACCGGGUACGCAUCUGCACGCAUCCAGCUUUCAAGGAUUUCGUGGAAAGCAAUGGCGUGGAGUUCUUUUCGAUUGGUGGUGAUCCGGAAGCGCUAAUGGCGUACAUGGUGAAGAACCCUGGCCUGUUACCCAACAUGCAGUCCAUCAAAGCUGGUGAUAUCGGCAAGCGACGGAAAGAGAUGGCCGAAAUGAUGGACGGGACCUGGAGAAGUUGUAUCGAGGCCGGUGAUGGUAUGGGCGAGAGAAUAUCAGCGUUGAAUGUGGACGCGGCGGAGGACUUGUUCAUUGCCGACGCUAUCAUCGCGAAUCCGCCCUCGAUGGGACAUAUUCACUGCGCAGAGAAGCUUGGCAUUCCGCUGCACAUGGUCUUCACCAUGCCAUGGUCGCCAACCAAAGCGUUUCAUCACCCCCUCGCGGCUAUGGAAUAUGGUGAAGUCGAGAAAUCUGUGGCGAAUUACUUCAGCUUCGGCAUUAUGGAGCUGCUAACUUGGCAAGGCCUCGGAGAUGUCAUCAACAAGUUCCGAACGCAGACUCUAGGCCUAGACGCGAUGAGUCCGCUGUGGGGUCACCGGUUACUCCCAAGGCUUCGUAUCCCGUACAGUUACCUUUGGUCCCAGGCUCUGAUACCACGGCCGUCUGACUGGGGCGAGCAUAUCAACAUCACGGGAUUCUCGUUUUUGGACGCCGGUUCAAACUACACUCCGCCUGAUGACUUGGCCGAAUUCCUCGCCAAGGGACCGCCGCCAGUGUAUAUUGGCUUUGGCAGCAUCGUGGUCGACGAUCCGGUAGGCCUUACCAAGCUUCUCUUCGAAGCUGUGAAGCUAGCAGGAGUUCGAGCGAUUGUUUCCAAGGGAUGGGGAGGUGUAGGCGGAGGUGACGUACCAGAUAACAUCUACCUCAUCGGCAACUGCCCACACGACUGGCUGUUCAAACGGGUGUCUUGUGUUGUGCAUCAUGGAGGCGCUGGUACAACCGCUGCCGGGAUUGCAUUGGGAAAGCCUACAGUUGUUGUGCCGUUCUUUGGUGAUCAACCCUUCUGGGGACAGAUGAUUGCUAAAGCUGGUGCUGGGCCAGUCCCUGUCCCUUUCAAGCAAAUGACUGCAGAGAGCCUCGCCAAUAGCAUCACCUUUGCGCUCCAAGAUUCGGUCCAAGUUGCUGUGCAAAAAAUGGCCGCGAGUAUUGCAGAAGAAGACGGCGCAGGUGACACAAUGCGAGAUUUCGAGCAGAGAUUGAAUAUCGACGCCAUGCGAUGUCAGUUGUGUCCGGAACGACUGGCUAUAUGGCGUGACAAACAGACUGGGGCACAUUUAAGUGGAUUGGCCGCAUGUACGCUUGUCGAAAAGAAGGUACUCGAUGUGAAGCAUCUACGGCUACUGCGACAUCGUCAUUACUACACACAUGAAGGAGCUGAAGGACCAUUCGUAGGUGCUGUAGCAGCCUUCGGAGGGCUCAUGGCUUCACUUGGCACAGAUACGUCAGACUUCUCUCAACGCCUGAAGAGAAGACCACGCGAGUCGGACCUUGAAGCAUUGAAGAGAACACUGACAAGGGACGAUUCGGAUGACGCCAGGCUGGAAAAAGGUAUCACUUCGAGGCAAUUCCACCAUCUGGCAUACAGAAUGGCAGCGAGAUCUUACGAAGACGAUAUGAUUCACAACUUCGAGAAACCUUCAAGUCGGCCGGGGCUGACUGCCCUCCGUGACAGAGUCGCAGCAAGGAGAGCUAAAGGCGGUCGCGGGUACCAGAUAGUCAGCGCCACCGCACACUACAUCGGUGAUCUGACAGCAACUGGUGCCAAGGCACCAGUCGCUCUGUUCUACAACAUGGCCAACGGCUUUCGGAAUUUUCCGUCGUAUGCGAUACGUAAUGAUCCUGCCAGGCGAAGAGAUGAGAUUACUGGGUUUGGAAGCGGAUGCAGAUUAGCCGGGAAAGAGUUCGUGCUCGGCUUCGGCGAUGCAUUGGUAGGUAUUGCAAGGCAUCCAUAUCUUGGUGCAAAGCAGGAGGGCGCUCUUGGCUUCGGUAAAGGGCUUGGUAGAGGUCUUGGUGGUCUUUACUUCCAUUCGAUGGCUGCAAUCUUCGGCGUACCAGGAUACUUCUUGAAGGGAAUUGAGCGGGGACUGUUGGCGCGCCAUCUCACUGCUGUCCAGGCCGAGAUCUUCUUCAUUCAGCUGCGCCGAUCGGGUGUUGGCUUCCGUGGUGCGAGUGACGCUGAGAAGGUUGAUCUGGUCGCGAAUGCGCUAGCGGUGUCGGCUGAGUACGCGCAGCAGGACGCCCAUCACAGCCUCCUCAACGCCAUCGACGCCCAAACGAAGACGCACCAGAUCUCCAUCGGCAACUGCAAGUGGCGCGCGCACUCGAUGGCUGCAAUUGAGCUCAAUCGCAUGAUAUGGCAGAUUGCGCUAUCUGCAGCGGCUGCCGCUAUGGGCGUUUUUAUGUUCAAGCUCGUGAAGAUGCGCACGAUCUUCUACAAGCUGAAGAAGCAAGGACUGCCCAUACCGCCGUGGGAUUUUGCAGCCGGUAAUCUCAAAGUGCUAUCAGGACUCCUUGAAAAGUUUCCCAAAGGCUCCCAACAAUCUGAUGUAUUCACCCUGCUAUCUAACGACUUCAAGGACUCCGACAACUGCUUUUACGUCGAUCUAUGGCCUUUUAGCAGUCCGCUCCUUGUAGUCACCUCGCCAGAUCUAGCGAUACAAGCAUGUCAAGAUCAUGAUCUUCCAAAGCCUCCAGUUCUCAUACCGUUCUUUGCACCCUUUGCGGGUGGGCCCAAUUUGUUUGAUAUGAACGGCGCAGAGUGGAAACGCUCGAGGGCGCUCUUCAGUCCGGGCUUUAGUGACAGGGUAAUGCUUGGGAGCAUACCGCAUAUCAUCGAGGAAGCCGAAGUCUACGUGAAGCUGCUGCGAGAGCACGCGAAGAAAGGGGAUACGUUCUCGCUGGACAGAUUAACGUGCGACUACAUGAUGGAUGUAAUCGGUGCUAUCACCAUCAAUACUCGCCUUCACUCCAUGACUAGCCACAAUGCGCUUGCAGCCGCCAUGCGAAGCUCUAUCGAAUGGCAUUGUCAGGAUGAAGAGUUGAACCCUUUCGUACGCUGGAACCCUAUGCGACCCUUGAUCGAAUGGUGGAACGGCAAAACCAUGAAUCGAUACAUCGGCACCGAGCUAGACAAGCAAUAUGAAGACUGGAAGACCAAUGAGCCAUCUAAUCGUGCAAGUUCCGUCAUGGACAUUGCGAUAGCAGCGUACAUGACCGAGCGCAAGGCUGCGGCGAAGCUCGAUGCCGACUUCAAGAAGUGGGCGACUAUCCAGAUCCGCCUGUUCUUGUUCGCCGGGCACGACUCGACCGCUGCGACGAUUGUUUACAGUCUCUAUCUGCUGUCCAAGCACCCAGAUGCUUUGGCCAAGAUUCGUGCAGAGCUCGAUAAGGUCUUUGGGUACGGCAUCGAUACAGCUGCUACCGCACUGAAGAUGCAUCCAGAGCGCAUCAAUAAAAUCCCAUACACCACCGCUGUCAUCAAAGAGACCCUGCGACUCUUUCCACCAGCUGCUGGCAUGAGAGGUGGGCUUCCAGGUGUCUUCCUACGUGACGAGAGUGGAAACAAGUACCCUACCGAGGACAUUAACAUCUGGAUCUUACACGGAGCAAUACAGCGGAAUCCAAGAUACUGGCCUGAGCCUCAUGAGUUCCUGCCGGAGCGCUGGCUUGUUGAGCCUGGCCAUCCUCUGUACCCGCCAAAAGGUGGAUGGCGGCCAUUCGAAGCUGGCCCGAGGAACUGCGUUGGCCAAACGCUUGCGAUGCUGGAUAUCAAGAUCACCUUGGCGAUGACAGUCCGCGAAUUCGACGUUCAUGAUCAGUAUGAAGAGUGGGACCGGCUGCAUCCUUCGUCUGGUGUCAAGACGGUCUUUGGGGAGAGAGCGUAUCAGGUACCGCUGGGAGCAGCGCACCCUGUGCACGGUUUUCCUUGCAAAGUCACAGCGCGAGGAUUCUCGAAGAGUUAG